AUGAGUUUAAACAGUCAAACUCUGACUGGCAGUGGACAGGAUUGGACCAGAAAUGGCAGCAGCAGCAGCAGUAGAGCCCCCAUGGAAAAUGAGAGUAUGAUUUUGAAGCCCUCCACCCCCACCAGGAAACCUAUACCACCCAAGCAGGGGAACGCCAUCACUAUCGCUGUGUCGUCUCAAGUCCUCUUCAACAUGGAGAAGGAGCAGCAGAUCUACGAACAGCAAGGCAUGGAGGGUUACAUCAAGUAUCAACAGGAGCAUGAGACGGAGCCUUUCAGCCCCGGACCUGCCUUCUCCUUUGUCAAGGCUCUGGAGGCUGUAAACACUCAACUGAGGAAGCUUUACCCUGACAGUGAGGAGCUGUUUGAUGUUGUGCUAAUGACCAACAACCAUGAGGUUGAACUGAGACUCAAGAAUACCAUUAAUCAUCACAAGUUGUUCAUCGAGCGCUUCUGUAUGACAGGAGGAAACAGCCCCGUGGGCUUCUUGAAGGCCUACCACACCAACCUGUACCUGUCGUCUGACCAAGGCAAGGUUCGAGAAGCUCUGGGGGAAGGUAUAGCGGCAGCAACCAUGUUCACCCAGGAGAAGAUGAACAAAGUGUCGGAGACUCAGCUGCGAGUCGCCUUUGACGGUGAUGGAGUCCUCUUCUCUGAUGAGUCGGAGCGCAUUUUCAAGGCCCAUGGACUGGACGCGUUCCAGGAGCAUGAGAAGCUCCACGAGAAGGAUCCUAUGAACCAUGGGCCACUGAAGUGUUUCCUCGAGGCUUUAGGAAAACUGCAAAAUAAAUUUGAUGUCAAUGGCCAGCGCGAGGACUGCCCCAUCCGGACAUACCUGGUGACGGCUCGCGAUGACAGCAGCGCCGGUAAACGAGCCAUGAAUACACUGAGCUCAUGGGGCCUGGAGAUCGACGAGGCUCACUUUCUGGAUGGGAAGCCCAAGGGACCACUGCUGGAGAAGAUCAGGCCACAUAUCUUCUUUGAUGACCAAAUGAGGCAUGUGGAGGGGGCUGCAGAAAAGGGGACAGUGGCAUGCCACGUGCCCUAA